AUGAUUCGCGACUUUGAGCAGUGGAAUGCCAACAUUGGCGAGCUGUCAGAGCUGCAGGAACUUUCGGGAUGCCGUGUAGGAGUAGAAGCCGCCGAUUACCUCACGAACCGCAUUCUCAACUCCCCCCGCGCAAAAGAGCCGCUCGUACCAGCGCUUGGAGGCCUUCCGCUGGCGCUACAGCAACAUAUCGAGGAAGAUCUGGAGGCGUUCAAGAGAGAAGGCAUAGAGCCUUGGUUCGUCUUCAGCGGGCUGGACAUCACAAAGCAGGACGAGCCAUUCCGACAAAAGCAAGAUGAGGCAUUAGUUAACGCCAAUGCAUGGAAUCUUUACGACACUCAUCAGGCGGAAGCCUCAGUGUCUAAGUUCGGCGAAUCAGCAUAUGUCACAGCCGAAGAUCUCUUCCCCGCGCUCCAGGCCAUCCUCACCAAGCACGAGCUUCGCUUCACCGUCGCACCCUACAGCGCAUGGGCCCAGCUGGCAUACAUGGAGCGCACGGGCUUCUGUGCGGCCAUCUCUGGUUCCUCAGACAUCCUGCUCUUCGAAUGCGACAAGAUCAUCACAUCAUGGGAUUUUGAGGAGAAUCAAUUCCGCUGGACGAAGCGGUCAAAAUGCAUCAGCGACCUCGAGAGGUUUGCCAACAACGGCACCGUCACGGAGGACAUAUUUGUGGAUGCCCUCCUACUCGCCGGCACACCUUUCCUUCCCACGUUACCGAACCUCAACUCGCCGAACAGGACAGACCUCCUGAAACCACACGGCGCUAUCAAGAUGAUCAUGAGCAUGAGCAACGGCAAGUCGGGCCACUCAGUCGUCAUCAACAACCACGACGAUCCGCGCUUCAAGCAGAUGGAGUAUGUGGACCGAUACCAGAAAGCACGCUCUGCAGUCAGAAAUCACCCAAUCUACACAAUCGAAGGCAAGAUCGAACCUCUGGACACAAGUAGCAUGCCCAACGAUGCGGUCAACUAUCUCCAAUCAAGGCUGCCAGAUGAGGUCUACCACUAUCUCUCAGCAGGCCUGAUCAACGCACGCGUGCUCCAAUGGCGUACUACGUGUCACAUAUUCGAUGUCCCACCCAUGGAUGGAGGCGACUCACCUGAGUACAGGACCCUGGUAAGCUCUAAGCUCACACCGUUACGGACAUCGGCGAUCAACCUGCUUUCGAGUUCGCUGCACAACUGGUACCGGCAUAAGAAUCUGGAGCAGAGGUGCUGGUUCUCGGACCCUGCAGCUGCGCCGCAGGAAAUCCGCGUCGUUGGAACCCAAGAUAAUCUUGCGAUUGUGGACACUUGGAAUGUUAAAGAGGCAACGCUAAAGGACGCUGUCUCUAAACAUGACGGACUUGGUCCCCUGGGUUCUGCCGUUCUCUCGCUACAAAAUGCCGAUUUUGCCGCAAAGACGGUAUCGAAGAAGAACCCAGCUAGUCCGUUAUCGACAACAGAUGAGAUCCUGUACAACUCGAUAUGGCGGUUCCUUGCUCUGCGCGAGUACGUUGACGCAAAGCACAACCUCACAGCAUGGGGCAAAGUGCUUGCAGCUGCAAUCUCCGGUCUGAAGGGUAAACCAGAGUUGGAAGAUGCCGCCGUUGUAGCUGUCGAAUUGUUGCGCAUGGGUACACUUAACGCCGAGAUCAAUAUGUUCCCGACCUACAAUGGCGCACCAAUGCGCGGUAGUACAAAAGAUCAACAAUACAACAUGCUCGUGUCGAGAGUCGCUGGUCUGGGCGAGCUGAGACAUAGGCCGAUUGGCUUCACAGGACCACUGAGCCAACAUUUACUCGGCUACAACUCCAUCAUAAACACCGUACGACAAACUCUCCGCGAUCUCAUCGAGGUCGCUUCAACGCACAUGUUCUUGACAGGCUGCUGCAACCGAUCUGCAGUCAACCUAUCUCAGAUCGCCGCGAAGCUUCCUUUCCUCCUCCCCAACAACUGUGCUCUCAGCAUCGCCGUCAAAUCCUACCUCGACGAACUCCUGAGCAACGACGCAAACCCCACCGCCCCAGACACGAAGGCCCGCGUUCUCGAAACCGCAUCAACGCGCUACUUUCCACAAUCCAUUGACUUUAAAGGCGACUUGACCAAAGCGUUUGAGUUAUGGGAUGCCAUCUACGAAGGAGUGAAGAAUGGAGGUAGUGCAAUCCCCGAGUCGAAUAAGAAGUUCUGGACCGAGACGAAUGAGUGGCUGGCUGCGAGGCGAUAG